AUGCGCUCAGUUUGGGGGAUGGUGACGCGUCAAACCGUUGUUGGUGUUCGAGGCCCUGAGCACGCUAUAACGGUGGCUGAGGCUAUUUCUUUGCAUACAACAAAGGCGGUUGAGCUACUGCACGAAAAGGAAACCCGCGGGUACCUUCUUCCUGGGUUCAUGGCAGACAUGACUAUUUGGGAUCUUGACCCACUAGGCGUAUCUGAUCCAUCCAGUCUGAAGGACUUGACGCCGAGUUACACUAUAGUAGGGGGAAGAAUUAUCUAUAGUUCAUAG